AUGGCGGCGGCAGGCGCCCGGCCGCGCCAUGAGAUGCCCACAGACGUGCGGGCGAUCCGCCGGGAGGAAUACAGGUCCCGUCGCGGCCUGGGCAGGCAGCAUGGUGCGCUGGGCUUCCUGCUUGAGAUGGUGCUCUGCCCCUUUGCGGCGGUGGUCUCCAUGCUGCAGCUGUCGCUGCGCUUGGCCUGGGGACUCUUCACGGCGCUGCUGACCUGCCUGGUGCGGCCCCACUUCGCCUUGGGCGCGCUCAGCGCUAUGGCGCUGGCAGCGGCGGCCUUUCGCCAGAGCUGUGCAGAGACGCCGGCUGAGGCGGGCGCUUUGCGCCUUGUGUGCCACAUCGACUCACCCUUGGCCUUGCAGGCCUGGGAGAUGUCGCAGCAGGCGGAGGCCUUUUGGCUGGCAAGCCGUGCCUGGCUCGCUGGCGUCUUAGACACGUUCGAGCACCGCCUGGCACUGCUGUUGCUGCGGGGCCGCUGUCCGUUCCGGGACCUUGAGGAGGCGCGAGCAGCCUGCCAACAGCGCCAAGACCUGCUGGCGGUGCGGCGGUCCUCGGAUUGCGGGGCGCUCCGCAAGGCCUACCACGAGGGCCAGCGCCAAGUGCACCCGGACCGGCUGCGAGUGCAGCACCCGGCGUGCAGCUCCGAAGUGCUGCAGGCCUGCAGCGUGGCGCUGAACUUGGCCUUCGAAGCCCGCAGAGCUGAGCUCGGCUGCGCUCUCUUCAGAGAGGAUCCAGAGAUCCAGCACCAGACGAACCAGCGCGAGCUCACGCGCCUCCAGGACCUCUUCAAGAAGGAGCAAGUCAGUGCCUUGGAGCGGCAAGUGGCAAAGCUCACACAGCAGCUGGAGGCGGCAAGGGAGCAGACUGCUGCGCUGGAAGUUUGGAACUUGGACCUCACCAAGAAGAUGCGCCAGGUCCGUAGGACGAGCUCCUCUGGGUCUAGGACACUCGACGAGGGGAAGCCCCGAGAAAAGGAGCUGCUCACGCCGCAAUCGGGGGCGGAGGAUGGAUCCCCCGAGGCCUUCAUCCCGUCCCCAGCUGGACGACCGAAGUCUGGGCGCCCUAAGAGGCCAGCGGUGCGGCCGGUCGCCAAGUGA